GUGUGGUGCGGGUGGGGUGGUCGUUAUGGCGCUGUUGGUGCUGUCGCUCUUGUCGUUCCUGCUGCUGUCGUCUGCCCGUGCCGCUCCCGCUGCCCGGGUUAUGCGGCCCGUUCUAGAGGAGCGGCUCUUCCCGCAGGUGCGGGACCACUUCAGCUUCGAGACCUGCGGCAACGAGACCUUCCUGCAGCGGUACCUGGUGUCGGCAAAGUUUUGGAAGAAAGGAUUCGGACCCAUCUUUUUCUAUACUGGCAAUGAAGGUGACAUCUGGAUUUUUGCUCAGAACUCUGACUUCAUAUUUGAAUUGGCAGAGGAACAGCAAGCACUUGUCAUUUUUGCUGAACAUAGGUACUAUGGGAAGUCUCUUCCCUUUGGACUUGAGUCAACACAGCUGAAGAAGACCGCUCUGCUCACCAUUGAACAAGCCCUUGCUGACUAUGCAGUGCUCAUUACUGAGCUUAAACAGCAGUUUGAUGCCACAGAGUGCCCUGUCAUCGCUUUCGGGGGCAGCUAUGGAGGAAUGCUGAGCGCUUACCUGAGGAUGAAAUACCCAAAUGUUGUGGCUGGAGCAUUAGCCGCCAGUGCUCCUCUGCUGUCUGUGGCUGGGCUUGGAGACCCCUCCCAGUUCUUCAGAGAUGUCACAGCAGAUUUUCAGAAGUCCAGCUUAGACUGUGUCACAGCUGUCCGUAAUGCCUUCCAGCAGAUCAAGGACCUGUGCCUGAGUGGAGCCUAUGAUGAGAUCAGCAGCAAAAUGGCCACGUGCAAUAAGAUCUCUAACAAGGACGAUGUUUAUCAGCUGUUUGGGUUUGCUAGAAAUGCCUUCACCAUGAUGGCCAUGAUGGACUAUCCAUACAGAACCGACUUCAUGGGUGACCUCCCUGCCAAUCCAGUGAAGGUCAGCUGUGAACAAAUUAUUGCCCACAAAGACCCCAUUGAAGGCUUGGCUGCUCUUGUUGGGGUGUUCUACAACUCCUCUGGCUCGGCACAGUGUUAUGAUAUAUACCAGCUGUACCAGUUCUGUGCUGACCCCACGGGCUGUGGCAUCGGCUCAGAUGCAGAGGCUUGGGACUACCAGGUUUGCACCGAGAUCAACUUAACAUUUAACAGUAACAAUGUGACCGACAUGUUCCCUGAGAUGCCCUUCACCGAGGUCAUGCGUGAGCAAUACUGUUGGAACAAGUGGCGUGUGAGGCCACGAGCACACUGGCUACAGACAAACUUUUGGGGAGAAGACCUGAAAAGUGCAAGCAACAUCAUUUUUUCAAAUGGAGAUUUGGACCCAUGGGCUGGUGGUGGGUUUUGCCCAGAUCAUGUUCCAGUUUUCAGAACUCAAGUCCAGUUCUUCCCAGUAACUUGGUGAGAAUUGGUCUUUGCUCCUUCUCCUCCCAGAUAAACAGCAGCCUCAGCCCUUCACUGAUUGCACUUACCAUUAAAGGAGGUGCCCAUCACCUUGAUCUCCGGUAAGUACCAAACUCUCCUUUGGCUAGCAAAAUCCUGAUGCCCUGGGUAUUUGAUCUCAGGCAAGCCACAGCCCAACCAACCAGGAGAUACUUUAGAAUCACAGAAUCACAUAGUUGUUGAGGUUGGAAAAGACUUCUAAAAUCAUUAUGUCCAACCAUUAACCCAACGCCACAACCAUGUUCACCACUAAACCAUGUCCUCAGGUGCCACAUUCACAAGUUUUUAGGAUGCUUCUAGGGAUGGUGAAUUCAACACUUCCUUGGGCAAUCUGUUCCAAUACUUCACAACCCUUUCCAUUAAAAGAUUUUCCCUGUUACCCAGUCUAAAGAUCUGUUUCAGCUUGAGACUGUUUCUUCUUGUCCUGUCCUUUUACCUGGGAGCAGAUCCUUACCCCCUACCUGGCUACAGUCUCCCAUCAGAGAGUUGUAGAGAGUGAGAAGGUCCCCUCUGAGCCUCCUUUUCUCCAGGCUGAGCCCCACGCAGGGAGAGAUCUCCCCACUGGAGAUCAGAUACUGCAACUUGGUUUCCAGGGCAUAAAUGUGAAGCACAAACCAGUCUGUCUCUGUCCUUAACAAUGCUGACUCUGCCUGUGCAGGAGGUAAAAACCCACUGUCCAGUAACUGACACUGCUGUGUUUUCCCCAGGGGACACAACCCAGCUGACCCCCCAUCUGUCAUGGAAGUGCGCAAGCUUGAAGCUGGGAUCAUCAGCAGCUGGGUGAAAUCUGCAGGCAUGGAGCGGGUGCAGGAGCAGGGUGCAGAAGCUGCAGCAGGCGGCCAGAUCUGAG